AUGUCAAAGGCAGUCGGAAUCGAUUUAGGAACUACGUACUCGUGUGUUGCCCAUUUUGCUAACGACAGAGUGGAGAUCAUUGCUAAUGAUCAAGGUAACAGAACCACGCCAUCUUAUGUGGCAUUUACUGAUACGGAACGGUUGAUUGGUGAUGCUGCUAAGAAUCAGGCUGCUAUCAAUCCACAUAACACGGUUUUCGAUGCCAAGCGUCUCAUUGGUCGUAAGUUCGAUGAUCCAGAAGUGAUAAAUGACGCCAAGCACUUUCCUUUCAAGGUUAUCAACAAGGAAGGUAAGCCAGUGGUCCAGGUCGAAUACAAGGGGGAGACAAAGACUUUCACUCCGGAAGAGAUCUCUUCCAUGGUAUUGGGAAAGAUGAAGGAAACCGCGGAAGGGUACCUGGGCACAAAGAUCAAUGAUGCCGUGGUCACUGUGCCAGCAUAUUUCAACGACUCUCAAAGACAGGCAACCAAGGAUGCUGGUACCAUUGCUGGAUUGAACGUAUUGCGUAUUAUUAACGAGCCUACUGCGGCAGCCAUCGCGUACGGAUUGGACAAGAAGGGUAGAGCUGAGCAUAAUGUACUCAUCUUCGAUUUGGGUGGUGGUACAUUUGAUGUUUCUUUGCUUUCGAUCGAUGAGGGUAUUUUCGAAGUGAAGGCUACCGCCGGAGAUACCCACUUGGGUGGUGAAGAUUUCGACAACAGGUUGGUCACCCAUUUGGCCAACGAAUUUAAGAGAAAGAACAAGAAGGACUUGACUCAGAAUCAAAGAUCUUUGAGGAGAUUGAGAACCGCUGCGGAGAGGGCUAAGAGAGCUCUAUCUUCGUCAUCUCAAACUUCUGUCGAAAUCGACUCUUUGUUCGAAGGCAUCGAUUUCUACACCUCUAUAACGAGAGCUAGGUUUGAAGAACUCUGUGCUGAUAUGUUCAGGUCUACUUUGGAGCCGGUUGAAAAGGUCUUGAGAGACUCCAAGCUUGACAAAUCUCAGAUCGAUGAGAUUGUUCUGGUUGGUGGUUCUACAAGAAUCCCAAAGAUUCAGAAAUUGGUUUCAGAUUUUUUUAACGGCAAGGAACCAAACAAGUCUAUCAACCCAGAUGAAGCUGUUGCCUAUGGAGCCGCUGUUCAAGCCGCUAUUCUAACAGGUGAUCAGUCGACUAAGACCCAGGACUUAUUGCUAUUAGAUGUGGCCCCAUUGUCUAUGGGUAUCGAAACUGCAGGUGGUAUCAUGACAAAAUUGAUCCCAAGAAAUUCUACAAUUCCAACCAAGAAGUCGGAAACAUUCUCCACUUACGCUGACAACCAACCUGGUGUGUUGAUCCAAGUGUAUGAGGGUGAAAGGACAAAGACGAAGGACAACAACUUGUUAGGAAAGUUUGAGCUGACUGGUAUCCCACCUGCCCCAAGAGGCGUUCCUCAGAUCGAAGUCACUUUCGAUAUCGAUGCAAACGGUAUUCUGAACGUCUCUGCUGUUGAAAAGGGCACUGGUAAGUCCAACAAGAUCACCAUCACCAACGAUAAGGGUAGACUGUCCAAGGAAGAUAUCGAGAGAAUGGUUUCUGAAGCUGAAAAAUACAAGGCCGAGGAUGAAAAGGAAGCUGAGCGUGUGCAGAGCAAGAACUCUCUUGAGUCGUACGCAUUCAGCUUGAAGAAUUCUGCUGCGGAAUCCGGUUUCAAGGAGAAAGUUGGUGAAGAAGACGCCAAGAAGGUCGAAGCCGCCGCCCAGGAGACCAUCAACUGGUUGGAUGCUUCGCAAGCUGCUUCAACCGACGAGUACAAGGACAAGCAAAAGGAAUUGGAAGGUAUCGCCAACCCAAUCAUGUCCAAGUUCUACGGUGCUGGAGGUGCUGCUGGCGCUGCUGGUGCUGGAGGUCCAAUGCCUGGAGCCGGCCCAUCCUCAGGUGGACCUACCGGCGCAGAGUCCGGUCCUACCGUCGAAGAAGUCGAUUAA